CCCAGCGGGUAACUUAAAAUCGUUGUGUAAAGUGCAUCCACAAUCCCACGCUUAAAUUCCAAAAUUAAUUGAGGAGAUCGCAUAGACUACAGUCCAUCCCUUUUCCGCCCCAACCUCUCUCAGGUCCCCCGCAGACUCCAUCAGAUCGGCGAACUCAACCACCAAAAUCUAGCCGUCGAUUCUCACUGCAAUAUCACCGCCGACUUGCCCUCUUCUACUCUUUCCACACGAAUCUCGUGGUCACGCCGACAGAAAAUCAACCCGAACCCUAGGUAUUUUCUUUCCCAGAUUUACGUUUUCUUCAAAUUUUUGUUUCUUAUUGGGUUUCUCAUAUUGUAUCCUGAUCAUUUGAUUUUGUAUUCUUAGGGAAAGAGCCAAUUAGUUGUUUUUAGGUUUGGUGUUCUUUUCUUCCGAUGCAGGGAGUAAAUUUUUUUUAUUUCAAUUUUUGUUUAUCCCCAAAAUUAUCAUUAGUGAUAGUUAAUUGAUAUGAUUUUAUACAAGCUGCAAAAAAGUCUUUCUGAAAUCCUUUGCCAUUACAAGAACAAUGAAUCUAUUAUUAUAUCUAACAGUAAUUUAUUAUUGGAUUAUUUAAAAUGAAAAUUUUAAAAUUCCUUUUAAGAUGGAGAAAAAGGUUGGAUAAAAAAUACUUAGUAUAUACAGCAUAGGGUAAAUUCUUUCCCUGCUAUGUUGUUCUUUCUCUUAAUAGUAAAUUCACUUAUGACACAUAAAACACCUUAGAAUAUUCACAAACAAACCAUCUCAAGCAUUCAUUUUUGUGCUUUCAACCCACUAGUGAGCAAAGUGCUAUUAUAUUUCUUUUCUAAAAAAAAUGUAUCAUACUACCCAUUUCUUCUAGCUCGAGUACUUCAUCAUCAAACCUCCUUCAUUCCAAGGAUCUUGCUCAACUGCCUCUUAACUCAAGUGAAAACCUUUGGUUCCAUGCCCAAUAAUAUAUCAUCAUAAGAUAUAUGCAUCUAGUUUGGACAGAGGGAGCAUGUUUGUUUUGUGCCUUUUACUUACAAAUUACUUCUUUUUAUAUCUUUUAAACUAAGGGAUACUUUAUCUUCUUACUGUAUGUGCUCACUAUUUCUAGCUGUAGAAUCUAAAGUGAACUUAGGAACCCUUGCUAGCGACUCUGCUUGAACAGAAACCAAGAUAUUAUUUAGGUCAUUAUGUUAUGGAAAUUUUGAAGAUGCUUUGGUUGGGAAGCUGCUUGGAUGGAGUCUACUAGAUUGUUGUUUUGUUUUAAAUUGUUAUGUAUUGUGUUAAUUUGGUUUAUAGGAUGCUUUAGCAGCAUCAUAUGUUUUUAUUGUACAGGUUUUGGGAUCGACCCCUUUUUCAUUAUAUGAAAAUAACUUUUAUUUCGAUUAACUUAUAAGCUUUGUAUGUUCUUAUGGAUAUGGGGCAGCCUCACUACGGAAAUGGGCCUGCUGUGGAGUACACGUUCUGCUUGGUGUGGGGAGUCCUGUGCAAUCAUCUACGACGAAAGGUUAUUCCGUACAAAGCUACUGGACGAUGCUGGACAGUGAUGGAAGACCUGUUGCUGCUCACUGCUGCUCACAUCCUGCGCAGGUAUGGAAAUGGGCUGCCUGACUUGUUAUCUUGUGGAAAUGGGGCCUUUGUGGUUUACUUAUUUUGCUAUGUUUUGGGGAUCCGCUUUGCACUCAUCCUCGUUGAAAGAACUUUGGAAUAAGGUGUGGUUGUUUUGCAUUAUAGUGCUUGGUUGCUGCUACUGCUUGGCUACAUUGUUAUAAAUUAAUUGAUGUAUUAUUUUGCUUCUUUUGGAUAUUAGUUUGAACAUUUGUUAGUGUUGGUUUGUUAGUUCGAAAUUGUAAUUUUUUUUGAUGUAAUUAGUCUAGGCUUGAAACUGUCUCUUGUGCACGUAACCAUUAUUAUGGUUAAGCAUUUGACAUUGAUGUAUUUGUUUGAUUUGGGUAAUAAUAAUUUACAUGUUACCCG